AAUCUUGACCUUGUCCCCGUCUCGAAAAUUGUGUUUUUCCUUAUAUCAAACACUUCGCUCUCGAAUCUGCCGAACGGCGGCUUUGACGCCAUGAGCAAUACCACUUCUUCCCCUACCUCCGUGCUUGCUACAAACACCUCUUCCCGAACAAGUUCUUCCGCGUCCACCGCAGGCACCAAACGCAAGCGCAAUGUCGUAGGGAAAUACUAUGCUGUAAAAGCGGGCUAUCAGCCGGGGGUUUACUACAGUUGGACCGAUUGCUUGACCCAGGUGACUGGGUACAAGGGAGCCGUUUUCCAGGCAUUUUCUUCUUUCGAUGACGCGAAAGCCUUUCUCACGGGGGCCACCGUUGGCGCCGGUCGCGGCGGAAACAACUCAAGCUCCGAUCCCCCCAGAUAUUACGGCGUCCAGCGCGGGAGAGUGCCUGGGGUCUACACCGACUGGUCAAAGGCGCAGGAACAGAUCAAAGGAUUCACCAAGCCGCGAUACAAGAAAUUUGCGACCAGAGAGGAAGCCGAGGCAUUCGUGAAUGAAGAACAAGCAAACGGCGCCACUUUCGCAAAGGCCGCUAAGUUAUCGGGGGCUCCAGGUCUGACAGACGCUGUUCUGACGGAUGCGCAUGGCGUGGCUUUGGAGCCGGGCACCGGACCUUUACCUCCUGGGACCACGGACGGAUUUGAUCCGAAUGUGCUUCUGGAUCCCACAACUGGGAAAGUGAUCUACAAAUCCGCGGAUCAAAAGGCUGCCACAAAGCUGAAGUCUAAUGGACCCCCAGGGAUGUUGCGCAUCUACACCGACGGUAGUUCUCUCAAGAACGGAAGAGCGCUGGCUUCGGCUGGUGUGGGCGUAUAUUUCGGCCCAGGAGAUUCAAGAAAUGUGUCCGAGCCUCUACAGGGUAGCCGUCAAACAAACCAGCGAGCGGAAUUGACUGCAAUCCUUCGAGCUCUUGAGAUUGCUCCCCGCCAUCGGGAUGUGACCAUAUUCACGGAUAGCCAAUAUUCCAUCAAAUCUGGUCGAGUCCAUUUUGUCCAAAAUUGAUGAGCGCAAUGAGCUGAAAGUCCAGACCUUAUUCGAAUGGGUGAAAGGCCACAGCUCACAUCCGGGCAACGAGGCUGCCGACCGCCUGGCUGUGAACGGCGCCCAACGUGGAGUGGCCGAGAAGGCUGCAGCGAUGGCGGCAGCAGCCAAAGAUAUCCCAGAUGAUUUGUUUGAUGA